GGGGAGAAACAAUGCAAUGACAUAUAGAGCGGAAAGAGCCCUUCCCAGUUUCUACCUGCCUCCUAGUGGCUGCGCCUUGCAGGAGACUCCAUGUUCCCGGAAGUGGCCUCCGAUUCCCAGAACGGUGGUGAGCCAAGCUCCGGACGUCUCCUCCGCCCCGCCGGGAACGGCUUGUUACGAGGGAUUACCAAAAAGGACUCUGUGGCAUUCUUGGCCGGAGGGCGCAAAUACUCGGAUCAUUGCGAAGCGCGAGCGUCGAGACCGGGCAAGAGCCGGAUUCCCGGGCGGGACCACCGGCGGUAUUACCACGAGCACUGGCGGGCCGAAUACCUGAUGGACUUCAACGCGGCGCGGCACGGCAUGAUCUGCAUGGUGUGUGGGAGCUCCCUGGCCACACUCAAGCUGAGCACCAUCAAGAGGCAUAUUCGGCAGAAGCACCCUUAUUCCCUCACUUGGAGCGCCCACGAGAAAGAGGUCAUCAUGAACAGCUGGGAUGCUCAUUUGGGCCUCGAAGUGGAGACCGAUGGACCCCGUGACUCCGCCAAAGGAUCUGGCGCUCCACCGGCGGAUCACGGAGAGCUCUCCCUUGACGGAGGUCGCCGGAGACGCCGUGGCCCAGGUCUUCUUCCCUCUCGUGGGGGACGUCGGCCAUCCAGCCUGGCCUUGAAAUCGUCCUCGGAGGGGGAGUCUCAGAGCUUGGAGCAGUAUUUGAAACAAUCAUUGCAAAGCUGGUUCCAGUCCGAGUUCCUGAUGGACUACGACCCCCAGGGCAACCGUCUCUUCUGUAUGAUGUGUGGUUCCUCCUUGCCCAGCCUCAAUCUGGAUGAUAUUAAGCGUCAUGUGAUGGAUGCCCACCCUACCUCCCUUGGCUUCAGUCCUGCCGAGAAGGGGGCAAUCCUGGAGGCGUGGAACUCCCGGGCAUUGGUGCUGGCAGCCGAGGGGAGAAAUGCAGAGGACGCGGCAGUGGAAACUGGCAUGUCUGCCCAACAGGAUCUGAACGUGAAAGAGCUGGACUCGUCUGCUUCCCCCGAUCACCCCACUGGAGAGGAUGGGAUCGAUGAGGCUGGUCCUUGGGAUUCAGAAGAGAGCAGCCCUCGCACUCCAGCCCGUGGCAGGGACCACCGCCGGUACUUCCAGGAACAUUGGAGAGUGGAGUAUCUGAUGGAUUAUAACGGGGUGCGCCACGGACUGGUGUGCAUGGUCUGUGGGAGCACCUUGGCCACCCUCAAGAUGAGCACCAUCAAGAGGCACAUCCAGCAGAAGCACCCAGACUCCACGCAACUUAGCCACCAGGUCAAGGCCCUGAUUGUGCAGGAGUGGAACCAGAAAGUCGCUCGCCUGGCAGAUGCUGAAGACUCCCAGCCGGAGACAGACGCUGAGGUGGACCAAGCGGAAUCACAGCCUGUUUACAAGCCACCUGCAUCUCUCGAGGAACCUCCAGAGGAUUUGGCAACUCCUAAGAGGGAGGAAGACGCCCCCGUAGCAGACAGGCUGGCCCCCCCGCAGCCGUCUCCAGGGGCCAUAUCCCCGCCAGCCGGCACCCUGUCUCAGCGGAGUCAGCGUCGAAACUACCAGCCCCGCUGGCGGGUGCAGUACCUGAUGGACUACGAUGAGCAGAAGCACGGUUUGAUCUGCAUGGUCUGCGGAGGCACGCUGGCAACCCUUAAAGUCAGCACGAUCAAACGGCAUAUUCUCCAAGUGCAUCGGUUCUCCCUGGAGUACACGGAGCUGGAGAAACAGACGAUCCUCGAGGCUUACGGUGAAAACGACCGAGUUUCAAAUCACAGGGAGCCAGGGCCAAAGGCGCCCGCUGUAGGCGUCGACUCUGAAACCCAGGAUGUUAAGCCAAACGUUGAAGAGGCAGGGAAAAUGGCGUUGGGUUACAAGCUGUCUGUGUGUGCGGUUUAGCCAUGGAUCUGAGCAGCUCUGGAGUUGGGAAAACGGUGAAUGAGACAGUUUCUCUUUUCCUUACUUCUGCUGUGGACAGCAGAGAUGCUUGGAAACGCUCAGUUUUUCGGAGAUCUGCAACUGGAACAAAGAAUGCAGAGGCCAAAAAAGUAUUCUUUUCCUUCUUUUUCCAGAGCAUCCAUUCAAUCUGCAUGUUGUGUUUCAGCAGCAACAAGUUUUUAAGUUUCUUUUUCAUCUUUCUGGGGCUCUGGGCUCCAAAGAUUUUGACUCGGAAAAGUUUGGGGGGCUUACGGUACAUUAAGGCGCCAUAGAGCUGGAAAAAACAAAACUAAACUAAACAAAAAAUAGACCACACCCCUUCAAGCAAGGAUGUCAGGAAUGGAAAAGGGAGGUAGACUUGUCCAUCAUCAGAAAAACUGCAUCAGAACUUCAUCAGAAAAGUAGCAGGCUUCUGAGCUGCUAAACCUUCACGCAUGGAAUUCCCGUAUCCUGCUAUUUUGCUUCAGGAAAGCACUUAAUAGGCUUGUAGAUGUGAUUUAUUUUUUAACUCUUGAGUUGCUGUAUUAAGAGGUAUACCCCUAGCUUAUGGCAGAUCUGCACGCCAGCAGCUUCUGCUGUCAACUAGCAGUUUCCGCAAACAUCCUUGCCUUACAAGGGUCGUUGCUCAGGGUCAGAGCCUCCGGUCAGAUAUCAGCUCCAAACGAGGCUGGGAAUAAUCCCUACCUGAAACCCAGUUGGUGUGGACCAGGGAAGGCACACUAGUGCCCCUGCAGAUGGGCCUGCCUUCAGGCGUUUCAUUUUUUAAAAAUGGGAAGUUGCAUGCCACGAACCCACAGGGACUCCCUCUGGUAUCUGUUUUUUUCUGCCCCUGGGAAUGCCUUCAGGCAGGCGUUAGAAAAUAAAGAUAACAGGUGUCUGCCGCUGGGAGAGGGCUUUGCGUAAAAGUUGGCUGCUUGCUGAGGAACGGGACGGUGGGAAGCUGAAAGUGGCAGAGCAUCCUGAGAUUCGGAGGGGAGGCUGUUGCAAUGGCGUCUAGCACAAGGCAUUGAGGGUUGGAGGCACUUACUCUAAGAGGCAAGCUUUCGGUCUUGCAGCAGUGCUGUGCGGUAUGCAGGCCCGUCGAUUCUAAAGCACCUCCGUUGACCCUACGAGAGAAAUUCUCCAAGAGAAUAAAUUCUGUUUCUCCUGUGCCCCAAAGCUGAAUAAUAGUGACCUUGCCCAGAACAAAGGGCCCUUGGCCUAGGUGGCAUCACUUAAGGAAGUCCCCAGGAGAGUUUUGGCUUUAUUCACUGUUUUCUCUUGGAGUUGCACUUAAAUCAUGUGUAGAAAAGCUUAUAUCACAAGAUGAAUCAAGGAACUCUGUAUUUGUGGGGCUGAGAGGGGGCAUCGGCCACACGGUUCUUCCAUGAAGAAUUGAUCAUUUUUUUAAAAAAACAACAGCAGCAUAGCACGGAAGGAAAAAUGAAUGACAGUUUAGCUGUGAUGUUGCUUUGUUGCAGAAAAGCAACAGACCCCCCCCCCCUUCAAAUAUACCAACUUGCGCAGUCCAGGAAAAAAAAUAGCUAGAACUGCUGGUAAUAAUUCCUCGUGCCCCAUUCCGAUCUGCUAGAUAGUUUUUGGAGUUUUGCUCUUCUGGUAUAAAUUUUUAGCACUUCCAUCAUCCUACGCUCCAAGCCUGUUCCUCUGCAGUAAAUGGUUAGAAGAACAUGGAGGACUUCAUUCGAGCGCUUCGCUUUGCCUUCUGUAGCGAGUGGGUAGGUGCUGACCACUCCAAGGAAGACGGGACAAUUUGGAACGGUAGGCACAAAUUCAGGGUAAGCAAUGGGAGAUGAACUUCUGCUGGUCAAGAAGGAACGAGAGGGGUGGGGUUUCUCAGGACCCUCUGCGCUGCACCCAAAUUGUUGUCUGAUGCUUAGAAUUACAGUACGCAAGUGUGGGGCUCUCACAAAACCGAUUGAGAAAGAAGCGAGCAGGGAUCCAACUGGCAGGAGAUGGGGGGAAAUCAAGAUUUGGCACGCUCGGGCGGCUGGUCUGGGAACAUCUUUGGCUUUGAUGGGAUUGCUGAGAGUAGACAAGCUAAAUCAGGAAUUGUCAGAGACCUUCCAGAUUUUCCUGAAUUACACCUCCUGGUAUCUCUCACCCUCAAUCCUGAGGCCUGGGGGUGCUGGGGGUCAUGAGUGAAAGGCACGCGCUCUCUCAAUCUCCACCCAGCCUUUUAGAGAGCUUCAGGCUGCAUUCUGGGUGGAGCGCAGCCAAAAUGCACGUUAGCUGUUCUGCCCAAGCCAUUGCCCACUUCCAAAAUCCAGAGCUGAAUUGCUUCAGCCUGUGUUGCUUCAAGACAGCAAAAGCUAUCCUAACUGGCUUUGCAGCUGUUGCCUGGAAAGGCCCCCUUUUAUUCCUCAGCCGAGUAUUAUGCAGACCAAUCUCUGCCACCCUCUUGCAGGCCUACUGCUGGUAGACCUCACAGCUUAGAAACUGCAGUGGGCUAGACCUGUUUUUAACAGUAGCCUGAAGGUGUGUUUUGAGGAUAGCAUGAAGAAAGAUCCAUCUAUAAUCUAACACGCCCAUAUUCGUGGCAAACUCACUUCAGGGGUCGCCUGUACUUUUCCCUCUCCAAAAUGACGACUCCUGGGUUCUUCCUUCUACCAUUCCAGUUUCCUAAAUGGCUGGGAUGGUCCGUUUUUUGUAGCUGGCCGUGUUCUCAUCACCUCCAAGUUUUGCUACCAGGAACAUUGAUUAUGACGACCUUGUGACUGUGUUGGAACUUUGUCUCCGUCGCUUGUGAAAAAGGUGUUUUGCAUCAAUAUGAA